AUGCGUUACACUCUUGCAACCCUCGCCGUGCUUGCGGCCACAGCCCUCGCAGCCCCAACGGCAACAGCAUUCCCCUCCGCGGCCAGCAAUUCCGCCAUCCCAACUGCUCGCGUCAUAUCAGGAGUCUUCGAUGGCAAGAUGGUGCGCUUCUCGCGCAAUCCUGAUGUCUGUAAGGGACAAAAGGAGACUGGCGAGGAGGACGCCAUGUUCAUCGCCGAAGACGGUGCGACCAUUAAGAACGUGAUUAUAAGCAAGGCGCAAGCUGAGGGUAUUCAUUGCCGUGGUGCUUGCACGCUUCAAAAUGUCUGGUGGGAAGACGUCUGCGAAGACGCAGCAACCUUCAAACAGCCCGCAGGCAAAACCUCCUACGUAAUCGGCGGCGGCGCAAAGGGCGCAUCGGAUAAAAUCUUCCAAUUCAACGGCCGCGGCACUGUCAGUAUCAAAGACUUCUUCGCAGAUACCUACGGAAAGAUUAUUCGAAGCUGCGGUGACUGCAAGGGUAACGGUGGACCCCGCAAUAUUAUCAUCGAUGGCGUAACGGCAACGAACGGAGGCGUGCUUUGUGGGAUCAACUCGAACUAUGGCGAUACGUGCAAGAUUUCAAAUUCGUGCCAGAAUAAAAAUAAGAACUGCGAUCGAUACACAGGUGUUGAAAAGGGUAAUGGAGAGAGUAAGAAGCUUGGGAGUGGGCCUGAUGGGAAGUCUUGUACUGUCACUGGGUUUACGUCGGCGUGCUGA